CACCUGCCCCCGUGCAUGGGCCGUUAUGAAGAUGCAUUUGGUGAUGAGGGGGGCAUGUGGAGCCAACUGUUGGGACAGAAAAGCUUCUCGAGUCCAAAGUUGGGCAGUCUUCUUGUAAACAUGAUCUCCGUGUCUGGCGUUUUGGCGCUCGGACUGUUUUGGUCUGCUCUGGGCACAGAGGGAGACAACUUAUCAGGUUUGAGGAGGCUACAGAGGGAGUUUGGCAGUGACGAAGAGCGAUAUAGUUUAGAGAAGUCGGAGCUCUCGAAACGCAGCGCUGGACUGAAUGAACAGACAUGUACAGCCCUGCAUGGAGUAGAGUCAACCCUGCAGAACAGCACCCACUCUUUCACCUUCAAAGUGAGCACCAUGGGUUCACUGUCACUGGCCUGGGUGGGAGACGGUUCCGGGGUCCUGCUGGUGUUGACCACAUUCCAGGUGCCGUUGUUCAUGAUGCGUUUUGGCCAGUCCAAUCUCUACAAGAGUGAAGACUAUGGGAAGACGUUCAAAGAUGUGACGCACCUGAUCAACCACACCUUCAUCCAGAGCGAGUUCGGCUUCGCCAUCAGUCCUGACCACUCUGGCAAGGUGAUUCUCACUGGAGAUGUGUCAGACAUCGGCGGGUUUAAACUGUUUCGCUCUCAGGACUUUGGCUUGACCUUUGUUCCAACCGACCUGCCGUUUGAGCCCCUCAUUCAGAUGCUGUACAACCCCGGAGACUGCAACACACUUGUGACGCUCAGUGUCAUGUCGGACCUGUGGCUGUCGGAGGACUUUGGCGCCACCUGGAGAAAAAUCCAUGACGGUGUUUGUUUGGUCAGAUGGGGUCCAAAAAACAGCAUCUACUUUACAACAAACUACAAUGGAUCAUGCAAAGGUAAAGGAAUGCUGGAGUUAAAGAAGACAGCAGAUUAUGGUCGAAGUUUCCAAACCAUUGCAACCAGAGUUUUCUCCUUCGUACUGGGGGGGCGCUUUGUUUUUGCCUCUAUCAUGACUGGCAAGGGGACACAGCGUAAGAUCCACGUGUCGGUGGACGGAGGUAAAGUGUGGAACAUGGCUCAGCUUCCUACAGUCAACCACGAGCAGUUCUACUCCAUCCUGGCAUCCAAUCAGGACAUGAUAUUCAUGCAUGUGGACGACCCUGGAGACUCAGGUGUUGGAACCAUCUAUGUGUCAGAUGACAGAGGAGCUGUUUUCUCCAAGUCUCUGGAGCGCCAUCUUUACACAACCACAGGAAGCGAAACCGACUUCACCGCCAUCUCUUCACUCAGGGGCGUCUACAUGACCAGCGUUCUCUCAGAGGAUGGUGCAAUGGAGACAGUGAUCACCUUUGACCAGGGAGCAAAAUGGCAGACGCUGCGCAGACCACAGAACAGCCACUGUGACAACGAGACCUCGACCAACAGGCCUAACAGAUGCAGACUCCUCAUCCACGCAGCCUACAGCAUCACCAUGAUGAUGAACGUCCCCAUGCUGCCUCUCUCACAAUCCAGUGCUGUGGGCAUCAUUCUUGCCCAUGGCAGUGUUGGGGAUGAAGUGUCCUCUCUCUCACCUGAUGUGUACGUGUCUGAUGACGGGGGCUACUCCUGGAUGUUGGCUCUCAGAGGCCCCCACCAUUACGCUAUAAUGGACUCUGGGGGGCUGCUGGUGGCUGUGGAACAAACCAACGCUCCUGUCAACCAGAUAAAGUUUUCCACAGAUGAGGGGCAGUGUUGGCAUACGUAUAACUUCACCAGCGACCCGCUCCACUUCAGCGGCAUGGACAGCGAGCCCGGCUCCCGCUCCAUGAACGUCAGCCUGUGGGGCUACAGGAACGACUUCAGCAAAUGGGUGGUGAUCACCAUAGACUACAGGAAGAUCCUCACCAGAGACUGCACUGAGAGGGACUAUGUGCAGUGGCUGGCUCACUCUGCAGACCCCAGUGGAUCACAUGAUGGCUGUGUGCUGGGCUAUAAGGAAACCUUCCUACGCCUGAGGAAAGACUCUGUCUGCUGGAACGGGAGGGACUAUGCCGUCACUAAGAAGCUGUCUCCCUGUCCGUGUACAAUAGAGGAUUAUCACUGUGACUUUGGAUAUUACCGGCCACAGAACAGCUCAGAGUGUGUGGAGCAGGAGGAGCUGAAGGGUCACCCUCUGGAGUUUUGUUUAAAUGGGACCACCGAACAGCUUCAGACCAGCGGCUACCGGAAGGUUCCAGGAGACCAGUGUGAGGGAGGUUUUCAGCCCGACAGGAAGGAGACAGACCUGGGGAGGAUGUGCACCAGCAACGUCCUUUCUCCAAACUCUCUGACUGAAGACAGUUCACCGAACACUGCUGUCAUAGUGAUGGUUGUCAUAGCGAUGCUUCUGUCGAGUGCUGUUGCAGGCGUUUGGCUGGUUAAGAAAUAUGUCUGCGGGGGACGGUUCCUCGUGCAUCGAUACUCUGUCAUGAGAGAGAAUGUUGAGGCUGAUAAAAUAGAAGGAGUCGAUGAUAUUGACACACACUACAUGGAGACAGGAAAAGCACAGUACAAUGAAGACUCAGAUCAGGACCUGUUAGAAUAAGGCGGAUAUUUCUCCCUUAAAGGCUCUUCAAGACUACAUUUAACACAGUCUUCGUGAUGCCUGGGCACCCGUGGUGCUCCCACAUGCCGAUUAACAUCUUCUUUUUCACUUCUCGCUAUCCCCUGGUGGCUGGAGGACUCUGCAGAAUCUCACAUGGCUUCCUUUUACCAGUCAAGGCUCCCAUAAAAAAGAUUGAACCGUUUUUUUGGGGAGGGGGACAAACCCAGUGCAGAACAGAAGGUUCUGGGGUCCCUGGAGAGCUUUUGUAGUUUUUGUCACAAAGAGUUCUGCAAAGACCACUGAGUCUGAAUACAUGCUCUGUAUGUUCCCUUGCAUGCUGACCUGAGAAAAGAUGGCCUUUCAAAUCGUGAUGCACUGCAGAAGCAUAAUACAGAGGCUAGAUAUAAAGGCUUACAGAACAUUUCACACAAUAAGAGUUAGGGAACUGCUAAUCAACAGAACACAGAAAGUAGUUAUCAUACUUUAGCUCAGAGAUUGUCUGCUGACACUUAGGUAGUUUUUGUACUCUGUACACUUAAUAAUUGCAACAUACAGUCCUAUUGUAAAUGGCGACCAUUUUAAUAUUAGUUUUGUCAGCUUCACUUGUCACUAAGAUAAGACUACGCUACUCACUAUGAGUUCCUGCUAAUCACAAGUUCCUAAGAAAUGAGCACUUUUCAAUGUAUUGUUGUAACAGCUACUAAGAGUGUAGUGCCUCCUUUAAUGUUACUGGUCAUCGUCUCUGACUAGUGACAUCUUGUUUUUUUCUGAAGGAAAUAUACUUCCAUUUUAUUCAGGUGAUGCACUAUAGAUAAACAUAUUUCAUACCACUUUUAUUGUUUUAUAAUUGUAAUUAUUAAAACAUUUUUAAAUUGAUAGAAAAAUCAGAUUUUAAUGUAAAAUUAACCAGAACAAACGAGUUCCAUUUUUUUUUGAAAAUAAAAGACAAAUAAGUGCCUAUUUUAGACUAAAUUAUAACUUUUAUCAGCUGACAGAUAAAUGAUGCCCAAUAAAACAAUACUUUAUUAGAUUGCUAAGAAAGGAAUGCUAAAGUGCCUUGUGAAACUUUCGGAAUAAAUGUUAAAAUGGACUGCCAUUGUUGUGAAGACAUCAAAUACAAACUCAUUUGUUUUAUACAGUGCAGCUUCAUACAAGCAAUUGUAUUAUUCCCCUGUAUGUGUUGUGAAAAGACUUGAAUAUUUGCCAAAGCACUUUUAUUGAGUAGUUUGUAGAGGAGUGAAUUGUAGAGGUGAGGUUGUAGAGGUGAGGUUGUAGAGGUGAGGUUGUAGAGGUAAGGUUGUAGAGGUAAAACCUAACUUUAGCCCAGCAUUAUAUAAAGUAUUAAGGUAAUGCUAACUCAAACUCUUUACUUGAACUUUCAGAUUUUUUAAAUUUUUCUUUUGCUUAACAGGGUGCACCAAUAUGUUGUUGUGUUUUAAAUAUUUUGUUUUCGUCUUAUUUGGCUGAUUUUUUUAAUAUAUUAGCCAAUUCCAAUGUCCAUGUGUCUCUAUCUUAAUGCAGGUGAAGAAUCAUCAAGAUAAUCAAGUGUCUUCUAGAGACCAUGUUGGCUUGUUUUCUUUUAUUAUUUUGACAGCAGAAAAACAAGCUUUUUAAAGCUUUUAUUUGCCAGUCUUAUGAUAUAUUGGUGCAUCCCAACUUAAUAAUAUAAUAGAUUCUGCUAAAUAUCCACAAUAACAGAACUUAAUUUAUCAGAUUAAUGUCUGGUUGCCAUAACGAGCAUAUACUUUAUGAAGUUUAUUGAGUUGUAUCAUUUUCCAAGAUGACAUUUCACUGUGUUACAUACAUUGUUCAAAUGAUAUGUUGGAUUGCAAUCAUUUCUGUUUUCUGCAAAACUAACUUUUGCCGUGUGCAGGGCUUUUGGCUAAUGCUUGUUUUCUCUAGCAGAGUCAAUAUUAUCCCAGUGAAUAAGCUAUUGUAAUAAGCUGGCAUUUUCUCAAGGACUGUUGGGUGGACUUUGUUAGAUAUGAAAGCAAAUUCAUAUGCUUGAUGCUUCUUUAUUUACAGAACUGUCAGUAAGAACAAACCCAGCUAUUUACUGGAUUCAAUGAUUUAUAUUUGCACUGUAUCUACAGAUCUGUGAAAGGGUUGCAUUUGUGGCUACUUGUACAUCUAACUUUUGUUUGGUAUUUGGGCAAUGAGUUGUGAUCUUCAUUCCAUCUUGUUUUCUUGACUGUUUUCUAGAAUAUCAGAGAAAAGUAUCUCUGAAUAAAACUAUUCUGUAGCACAAAUGUUUUAUAA